GCGACUGCGCGUACACAUCAAAACUCCAUCAUGUUCGCAAGCAAGUCGAUUGUGUGCGCUGCGCUUGCACUCCUUGCGGUCACAACCGCCGCGCCGGGAGGAAACGACAUACAAAAAAUCACAAAAGCACCCAAUGUGCCCACAAAGUCGGAAGCGGUACCAAAAGCGAGUGCUCCCGGGCCACAGCCAGUAAAUGAGAGGUUCCCUCAUGCAGUGCUGUUCGGAGGCACCUGCGGUGGUACCAUCAUCAGCCCAACAUGGAUCCUCACGGCUGGCCAUUGUACUUUGUUCACUGGUGGACGUUACAUCCUGGCUGGUACGAACAACACGGAGAAUGACAGUGGUGUCAGUCGUCGUGUGAAGAGACAGGUCAUCCACCCACUGUUCACUGUGGGACCAUACUGGCUCGAUGCUGAUGACUUCAACCUCAAACAGGUGGCUGCCCGGUGGGACUUCUUGCUGGCCGAGUUGAACGAGCCCCUGCCCCUAGACGGAAAGACAAUGGCCGCAGCUCCCUUGAACGACCAGUCCAACUUACCUGUUGGACUCAACGUGGGAUACGCCGGCUACGGUACCGACCACUUCGGUGGUACCAUGCGCAGUGACAUGCACGGAAUGGAGUUGGCCGUACAAAGUGACGACGUGUGCUCCACUCUGGAACAGUACAACAGCAAGGACAUGCUGUGUGUCAAAGGACGCCCACCGCGGUACGACUCCGCUUGCAACGGUGACAGCGGCAGCGGCUUGGUUGAUGAAACUGGCAAACUCAUCGGUGUCGCCUCUUGGGUGGAGAAUGAUGCCCACGAAUGCAAGAAUGGAGCCCUAGUCGUGUUCUCCAGGGUGUCCAGCGUACGUGAAUGGAUCAGACAAGUUACAAACGUCUAACAAAACUGCCACAUAGCAAUAUAUACGUAUACACAUAACAACAGAUCAAUAUGUAACAUUAUGUUGACUAGUCAAGUAAAGUUGUUCUCCAAAGAAUUUGUUAAGUAACGUGUGGUACUCAGAUAUCAUUCACAAACUAAAAUUAUAUAAUUGUUCUCAUGACAACUAUUGAAGAUAGGAGUUAAUAGCCUUAUUUUGUACUUAGCAUUUUUAGAAUUAGAUUAAAGUACAAAUAUAAGUAAGUGGUCUGGUUGUGAUAUUGUUUAUUGUAUGAUAAUAAACUUUAAUCAAACUUAAAAAUGGUUAAAACAUAACUAACGACUUACAUAAGUUAUUAUGUAAUAUUUAAGAUCUUGUGAUUUUUUGUUAUAAUAAACUUAUUAAAA